GUUAUGUCGCUGAUUGUUAAUGGAGGACGCCUGGAACCCCCAGUGGGUGUGCCCGAUCAAAUUUAUAGCAUCAUGCUGGCUUGCUGGAGUACUGUGGAUAAUGAUCGGCCGCGCUUUGAUGAUAUCAUCGAGAGCUUAGACUCUAUGCUUCAGGAUCCUGUUAUGCAAAGUAUGCCACUGCCGACGAUCGUUCAUCGGUUAUCACAGACACAACCAGCAUCAAGCAAUCCUCCGUUACCAGACAGUCCCUCUUCGGUUGCCGAGUCGAUCUCUCAAAAUGCCUAUUCGCAAAGCACAAUCAACACGAUGCUUAACUCAUUCAGUGAGGCAGCCACACCCAGUGACUGCGUCCCGCUCCCUACAACAGGUGACGGUGUGAAUUUCAGUGUAUGCACACCAUAUCAGCCACAGGGUUUGGAACCGUUCUGCGCGGUUGAGGACAGUCAAAUAGCAGCGCAUUCCCUCUGGGCUGCCGAACAGAUAGCAAGCACUCAUUCCGACGCUGAAGAGCCAGUGGACAACUGUCGCAAUCAAGCUUUUUCGUCAAGAACACUUCAGGAUGCUGCUGCUGGAUCUCGUAGGCCUGUGGUUGAUACGGUUAGCAUCGCUUACUUUUUUUUUUUUUUUUAA